AUGACGUACUACCAACCACCGCCGCAGCUGAAAGUGCUGAAAGUACCUCCUACAGCCGAAAUCCUUGUUGCGGGGUACGACAGAAAGGCAGCUCGAAUCGCGCGUGUACGAGCCACAAACUUCCAGGAUCCGUUUCAGUCACUCUUAAUGGCCGACACCUUGGAGAAUGCCAAGGAUCCGUUCCAACUCCCCAGUGCGGAAGCUUUGCGAGAAAUUGAGAGAAAGCAGAACCAGAGAGAAAAGGCCAUUCGCGAUCAGCGGCGACAUACGAGCGAAGAAGAUGAUGAGAGAACUCAUGCUGCGGAGGUCAUUCAGCGGAAUUAUAGAGGGCAUCGGGAUCGUAGGGCAUUGAAAGGCUUUGGAUUAGAUGCCGAUCGUAGGUGGAUGGAGGCUUUGAAGGACGCGCAAUAUGGAAACGUCAUUCAGCCAAAGUCGAGAUCUGAAAAGUUUAACCGUACUGACAGUUCGACUCAAAGAGUUCGCAAACGUUGGAGUCAGGCCGGUGCCGWUGCGCUCAGAGCUGGGAGUGAUGACACUAGCGACGAUGAAGGAGGUGAGGAUGCUGAGAUCAAACGGCAACAAAAGUCACAGAGGGAAAAAUAUGCAAAGACCAUGGGUUUGGAAUAUUUCCUCGAGAUGGUUGAUCUGAAACACAGAUAUGGCAGCAAUCUUCGGAGAUACCAUCAAGAGUGGAUGAAGAGUGACACAACUGAAAACUACUUCUUCUGGCUGGAUUAUGGAGCAGGCAAGAAUCUGGAUCUGGAAGACCGCCCUCGAAAACGCCUGGACACAGAACAAGUGCGAUAUCUCUCACGCGAGGAGCGGGCACUGUAUCAGGUCCGAAUCGAUGCUCAAGGCCGCUUCUGCUGGGUCAAAGAUGGGAAACCUAUUACAACAUCGCCAUAUUUCAAGGACAGCAUCAAGGGCAUCGUGCCCGAGCAAGAAAAUGUGCCAACUUGGAGGGAAGUCACCACGGGGGAGAAGCAGGAGCCUUCAAAGGCGGAAACGUCAGAUGCUUCCUCCAUCUCCAGCGGAAUCAGCACCGGCAGUGUUGAAGAUUCCACCAAAUACGUCAACGAGGAGUUCCACAACGCCAAAGGCUUUUCGAAAUUGAAUCAUGUGUCUGUGGACUCUCUUAUGAAUCAUUUGCUGCGCAAGACAACCAAGAAGAAUACCUGGAUAUUCGUGGCGGACACCAGUUUUCGACUGUACAUCGGCAUCAAACAGUCGGGUGCUUUCCAGCAUUCCUCCUUUCUGAAAGGUGCUCGUGUGAGCGCAGCAGGCUUGAUCAAGAUCAAACGUGGCCAGAUUAGGAAGAUCUCACCGCUCAGCGGACACUAUGCACCGCCAGUACGCAACUUUCGGGAGUUUCUGAAAUCCUUAAAGGCGGCGGGAGCUGAUCUAUCGCAUUUGAAUGUUUCCCGUUCGUAUGCGGUGAUCUUGGGUCUUGAGGGCUACAUUCGAGUCAAGAAGCGAGCUCAAAGUAUGGGUCAAAAGACUAAGGAUAUGCUCAAUCCGGAGGAGGCAAGGAAGAGGGAGGAGGCCAAGAGGGAUAUGAGCAAGAGUGCACAGAGGGAAAGGGAGGUUCUUCAGAAAGAGGAGAGUGCUAGGCGGAGGAUGAGUACAAGUUACAGGCUUAAGAAGAAGUUGGGGUUCAAUGACAAGGUGGACGAGGAGGCCGAGAGUGCUGCUGUGAUUCCGGAAGGUGAGCCUCUAGUACGGGAGAGACCACAGUAG